UGGAUCUGAGCUUUGCAGCGCAGUUUGAAUUGUGAAAAUCUGUUGAAUUUGGGCAAGAAGCCGAACAAGAAUGUGAAAUUGAGUUGUUGUGCCGUUCCGAGGCACGGUGGAGUAAUUCGGAGAGGACCUGGAUGUGGCCCUGAUGUGUCUAUGGAGCUGAGAGCUGCCAGGAUGGAUUCGCUUGGUCCUGAUCUUUCCAACGAGCCCAGGACGAUGAAAAUCCAUCAAGGUUGAGUAAAAUCAGAAUAAAUUUCGUUCGGAGCUGUGAGUGCAUACUCCACCAAGAGAGUCAGUGCGCUGGACGGCCAGUGGAUUGGAGAAAAGGGGCUCAGCAUGCAAAGGGUUAAUAGUAGGACAGCUCGUGUGCACUGGUGUGGAUUUGAACAUGUUCUUGUCGUUGGCUGCAACGGACUCAGUCAACAGUCGACUUGUCUUGCAAAACUCUUUGACGAACAGUCUCAGUCAAACCCGUGCCAGCGGCUGGCUUCGACGAGACAAGAGCUGCUGAUCGGUAGGAUCGACGACGACCGUGAACAACUGUGUUUCACAGAGUGAGAAAGAGAGUUCAAUUGACCGGCGUCAGGGUCACCGCUGCAAGAGCUGUGUAUGAAGAUUGAAGUACAGUGUGCAAGAAGUCCGACAUUUGCACUUGCUCAUCGAACGACGUAGAUCUUCGGGAAAUCGACACUGAUGCUGACUUCCGUGCUAAAAUCUCGAUGAGAAAAGCCGUAGAUUGAACGUCCAGCGGAGACGAUUGAGUAGUGGCUGGAUAGCUUUCUGGGCGAGAUAAGACACUCGUCUAUUAGAUUCAACCUCUCUCGGAAACAGCGCCACGAUACGAGCCUUUGCAUCUGUGGGUAUCAACGUCGCUACACUCAUCAUUGUAUGGGCGAGAAGCCCACAUGCUUCAAGUAUUCCCAUCUGUAUGAAGCGGCGGUCGCCGUUUCUGCUAUUUGACGACCUUGUUGGCUACCCACUCUGGAUAGCUGAGCGGACAACAACGCGAUCCGAAUCGUGACGACGAAAGCGUUCAUUGCUUCUCGAUUUUAGGAAUACCAUUGGCCCAUUGGGUUGUAGCUUGUCUUCGCCCAUCGCUCCCAGCAAGUCAUGACCGUAGCAGGAGCGACAGUCAUCGCGGUCAGCUUAGUCCUGGGCCUAAGCACGACAUGUUGUGUUGGCCAAAUCCUGUUCAGCGGCCCACAGCAGGUCACCAUCAACGAGGAGCUCCCUAGCGGUUCCCUGGUGGCAACGUAUUCAACGAGGGACACCCUGGCACGGCCAGUAACUUUGUCCGUUGAUCAAGUUGACGACUACAAGUAUUUCAAUGUUCUGCAGAAUGGCGAGCUGCAGAUGACAUCCGAACGCUUGGAUAGAGAGACGAGAACGGUCUACAAAUGCACGCUUCGUGCUCGAAACACCGCCGGGGACUCGAAGACCCACAGCGUGCAGGUGAGCUUGAGAGAUGUGAAUGACAAUUCGCCGAAGUUCAGCAUGCGACUGUCGAGCGUGGUCGUGCUGGAAGAUGCAGCCGUGGGUGAUUUCAUCUUUCAAGCCAACGCGUCGGAUCCGGACGAAGUGGCGCGAGAGCAACGCACGGUAAAGGAUGCAAACGGCCUGGACACAAUCGUCUACGUGUACACAAUCUCCAAUGGACGGGUGUUCUACAGUAUUGCGAGCGGAAAUGAUGCCGGCAAGUUUUCUAUCAACCAGGAUACCGGCGUGGUCACUGUGAAAAGCAGUCUUCUGCUGGAUGCCCGGCAGCAGUUCACUCUGGUCAUCAAUGCAACCGAUCCGGACGGCCUCCACGACACGGCCGACCUGACGAUACGCGUCGGAGACCCCAACGACAACUCGCCGGCCAUAUUUGAGCCUCUUCCGUUCAACGUGACGAUAUCGGAAGCGACUGCACCGGGCGUAGUCAUCCUCUCACAUGCCUAUGCCAACGACACCGACUUUGGUAGUAACGCUGAGGUUACGUUUGCACUGGUCGCCGGUAAUGCAAACGGGGAGUUCGCUGUCAAUCGCACCACCGGCCGUAUCGUCCUGGUCUCCAUGUUGGACUACGAACACUCGCCGAUAAUCCAUCUAGACUUGGCAGCACAGGACGGAGGUAGCCCUAUGCGCCAGAGCACAGUGCGCAUAACGGUCAUCGUCGAGGACGUCAACGACAAUGCUCCCAGCUUCCUGUUGCCGUCGUACCUCGCACCCGUUUCGGAGAGCGAAUCGCCGGGCAGCACCAACAUCCUAUCUGUCUCGGCCGUAGACCCGGACGGACCGGGGAAUGGCAGUGUAGUGCGGUACAGCUUUGCGCCUGGUCACGAUGCCGGCGGUGCAUUCUCCAUUGAUCCAGUUACCGGUGUGUUCCAGUUGUUGACCACCCUGGACCGAGAGACCACUGCAGAGUAUCACCUAGUGGUGGUCGCCAGUGACCAGGAUGUGAUAGGCAAGCAGCAAUCGUCGUCCGUCAACGUCACCAUCGUCGUGUCCGACACCAACGACAACUCACCUCGCUUCGUCACCAGCCCGUUCGUCGGCAACAUCCUGGACGGCCAGGUCCGCGGGAAAGACGCUCUCCAGCUGAAUGCGACCGAUGCUGACGAGGGUGACAACUCGCGCAUUCAGUACAGCAUUCUCGGUGGCGAUAGUUCGUCCUUCGCAGUCGACUCCACCACGGGCACCGUAACGUACGAAGGGUUGCAAGCAGCGGACUACGCUAUGAAGCGCUUCUACAACUUCACGGCACGUGCUGAAGACCAAGGCGCACUUGUGAAGAGGGCUACUACGGUGAAAGUGGUCGUGGAAGUUCACGAGCUGAAUCCCAACGCGCCCGUGUUCAGUCCCGUCGUCUACUUGGCCACCGUCAACGAGUCUCUGCCCAUAGGAACGAGCAUACUGCAAGUCACUGCCACUGAUGCAGACUCCAGGCAGAUUGGUGAGAUCACCUAUGAGAUCCACCGAGGAGAUCCGGACUUGUUCCGGCUGGGAGGGAGCUUUGAUGUGGACAGUGUGACAGGAGUUGUGUCCGUGGCCACUUCACUGGACAGAGAUGUCAGAUCACAGCACGUGUUCUGGGUGGUUGCAAAGGACGGCGGCUUCCCUCCCAAGACGUCCCUGGCCAACCUGACAGUAAUAGUGACGGACGUCAAUGACGUAGCGCCGGCGUUUCCGUCAAACAUGGAAACUCACCUGCAGGAACACCUGAGCAGCGUAUUGCCACGGACCAUUUACCAGGUCAAUGCGACAGACCCUGACCUGGGCGCCGGAGGCAGCUUCACCUAUGCGCUGGAUGCGGGCGAUUGGCCAUCGAGUCUGUUCAGCAUCGACCCACUGACUGGUGUGAUAUCGGUGCAUCAGGGUCUGGACCGCGAGGCACAGGCGGUAUACACCAUCACCGUAGCUGCCACGGAUCAAGGCGUGCCGAGCCUGACCGGCCGCGCCAAUCUCACUCUGUACGUCACGGACAUCAACGACCAGGCGCCAUACUUCACCGCCAACUACACCGCGUCGAUCAUGGAGAACGCCAGUCUAGGCAUGUUUGUGCUAACUGUGUCUGCACUGGAUGAUGAUGUUGGUGACAACGCUGUCUCCACAUAUCGGUUUGUAGCUGGCAAUGCACAAGGACAUUUCAGUGUCGACACAAACAGUGGUGAUAUCAGGGUGGCUGCUGCGCUUGAUCGAGAAAUGACUGCCGCAUAUCUACUGGCGGUGGAAGCGACGGAUGCUGCGGGCUUCACUGCGACAGUUUGGGCUGCUGUCAGCGCUGUGGACAUCAACGACAAUGCACCUCUGUUCAGCAGCUCUCUGCUGGUGUACAAUGUGUCCGAGGCCACACUGGUAAGCAGCCAGCCUCCGGGAUGUAACAGCGAGACGAUCAGGGACGCGGAGAAGCUUCUCCGUGCCAUACGACAUUACGCGUCGAUCGACCUGCCACUUGGAACGGUUUCAGCGACAAACAUUUGCUCCCCACCAUUUUGUAAGAGCUGUUCUGCAUGUGUUUCUGUAUUUCUUCUGCAGAAGAAUUCGGUUUUAUUCCGUCUGUCAGCCACUGAUGCUGACGUUGGCAACACUCUAACGUACAACAUGACAGAGGCAGCAAGCGGUGGUGGUGGUGCGGCGGCUCUAGGGUACCUCCACCUGUCACCGGCCACUGGGAACGUAACGCUGGUACGACGGCUCGACCGCGAGACUCUGCCCGGUCUGCGUGCCAUCAUGUGGGUGAGCGAUGGCGUGUUCACCAGCAACGCCACCCUGCAAGUCGACGUACGUGACUACAAUGACCUGGUGCCCGUGUUCAGCCAGUCACAGUACAGUGCAACUGUGAGCGAGGACGUGCCCGUCAACACCACCAUACUGACGGUCACGGCCAGCGAUGCCGAUGUUGAUGUCACCCACCGAGUGCUGCGCUACCAAAUCCUGGCCGGCGACGUGCGCAACUGGUUUGCAAUCGACCCGCUCACAGGAAGCCUGCGCAACAAGCGGCCGCUGGACCGCGAGACGCUGGCCGUUGUGAAUCUGACGGUUGGUGCCAUCAACACGGCCUCGCCCAGCCUAACCGGCACGGCGAGCGUCGUAAUCACGCUCGACGAUGUGAAUGACUCGCCGCCCGACUUUGGCCCCGGGCCUCAUGUGGUGAGCAUUGCCGAGGCCGGCAUGCAGGGCAACAGCGCCGGGUACGUGAACGCCACGGAUCCCGACCUGCACAACAGCACCGUCUGGUACAGUAUCGUCGACGACGACACGCGCCACGCCGCUCGCAUCGACCCGCGCACCGGCGAGAUAACGCUCGUGCGCGCGCUCGACUACGAGGUGCAGCACACCUACUACAUUGUGGUGCGUGCCGAAGACCGCGGCAUUCCGCCGCUGUCCAGCACCACCAACGCUACACUGAACACGGCUGUCCCGUGCAUGCGAUCAGUGGCCAUCCAAAAUGGCGUCCAGAAAUUUGAAUUUUCAAAUCUGGUCCCAGCCCCAGCCGCGGGGAUCGAGACUCGCACCGUCGAACAGCCGGCAUCAUUAACGCGUGGUGCAGCUACAGCUGAACAGACUACCAGUGCCGAACAGUCUGUAUCACAAUCACAGAACACAACAGCAGCCACACCAGCUCCCUGUGCGCAGCAGUCCGUAUCGGCUACGCCCAGUACAACCGUUGUCGGUGAAACAACAGCAGACACUCAGAUCUUUGAAACGGCCACGGCAAGCAGUACCUCACAGCAGCAGCUGCCAGCACCACAUGAGCCCGAGAUAUCUAUCGACACACGCGCAUCAGUAUCCACACAGGUGCGUAUCUCUGUUAUAGAGCAGUCUGUAUGGCCGCGUACGAACAGCCGUGUGAAGGUGAUCGACGUCAACGACAAUCACCCGGUGUUCAGCAGUCCAGUGUACACGGUCACCGUGCCCGAGGACACCAAGAACAACUCCGGCGUCGUACAGCUGAACGCCACCGACCUGGACGCUACUAGUAACGGCGAGUUGACGUUCGCACUGAUAGCGACGGCGACCGACCCAGCCCCGUUCUCGGUCGACCCCAAGUCGGGCCUGGUGAGCGUUAACGGCAUUCUGGACCGAGAGACCGUGGAUAUCUACAAUCUGACCGUGACUAUCACCGACAGCGGCGUGCCUCCGCUGAGCACAGUGUCUCGCCUCGAGGUCACCAUCGCCGACGUCAACGACUCGCCGCCGAAGUUUGUGAACGUGUCGUACAACGCCACCAUUACGGAAAACACGGCAGGGGGAACGGUGGUGACGUGUGUCCACGCUGUGGAUCCCGACAUCGGCGACAACAGUUUUGUGACGUAUAGUAUCACGGCCGGGAACAGCGCUGGCCGGUUUGCCGUGAGCGCGUCGAGUGGUGUUGUGCACACCGUCAAGGCGCUCGACCGAGAACAACAGGAGGUGUACAGCCUGACCGUUGUGGCUAACAAUAGUGCGUCCUCAGCGCCGGCCACAGACACUGUCAUCGUGACUAUUACCGUUCUGGAUCUGAAUGACAACCGGCCGCAUUUGCCGAGUGUGUUGCCAACCGUCCACAUCAACGAGACUCUGACGGUGGGUGACAUCGUCGGGUAUGUGCCGUACGUAGACGGCGACAAGGGACCUAAUGGACGUGUCACCUUUUCUAUUGCCGGCGGUAACGACGAGGGGCUGUUCAGGGUGGAAUCGAGUACCGGCGCCAUACUACUGCAGGGCAAUGUCGACGCCGAGACGAGACAUCUGUAUAGCGUGUAUAUUCACAUGUACGAUGGGGGCAGUCCGGCGCUCAUUGGCAGCGGCUCUCUGUACCUCAUGGUGCAGGAUGCCAACGACAACCCGCCCGUGUUCAGCCCGCAGACGUACCGCCAGACAAUCCCGUCGGUGCGCACGCAGGGCGACGAUGCGUUCGUCGUCAAGGCGGUGGACGCUGACUACAGCUCGCAGUUGCACUACACCGUCACGGGUGGCACUGCGUCGUCAUCCAUGACACUGACCCAAGUCGGCGGUGUCGCUCGCCUGCUUCUAUCGGUGGACGCCGGCACGCUGCUCGGUCAGACCCUGACACUGCAGCUCAGCGUCAGUGAUGGCCUGCACACCGCAACGGCCUCGGUCACAUUCUUCGUGCAAGAUCUGUCCAGCGGGCCGCGAUUCGACGCCAUCGACAUCACGUCCACCAUUCCAGAGACAACGAAGAGUUCGAACAGGGCCGCGCCGAUCUCGAUUUCGGGCUCCGGCAGCUACUCCCUGGCAAUCGACACUGCCGGCGUCACUGACUUCCAGGCGGUGACGUCCAGCAAACAAGUGGUUGUAAACAGUGGACUGGACGUCAGACGCCAGUCCUACUACCACAUUGUGCUGCGCCUGGUCGACACGGCAACGCAGGUCACGCAGUACACACAGGUGAGGAUAACGGUGUCGAAUGACGAAAACAAUUACGCGCCGGUCCUGGGCGCGUCCACCAUUGCCGCCGAAAUUGCCGAGCGUCAGGUUGGUCGCCACGGAUUCUUCAUCACUAAGAUGAGAGUGGAGGAUCGAGACACGGUCUUCGCCAACUAUCACGUCGAGUGGGAGGCGCCCAAACCGCAACAGAACAUAUUUGCUGUCGACUUCGUUGGCAGCGUGCGUUUGGGAACGUCAUUAGACUACGACACUGGAGCGAAAAACUACUCGCUGGACCUCACCGCAUCGAAUUAUCGCGCGGACAACGUCCGGUCCGAUACAGCCACACUCACAUUCAUACUAACCGAGGCUAAUGAUAAUCAGCCGAUAUUCGCGCCCAGUGCGUACGCUGUGUCGCUGUUUGAGAACAACACUCUAUCUCUUACGGCACCUAUUGUGACGGCAGUAGCAACCGACGCGGACGUUGGCAGCAGCGGCCACCUGACGUACGGCCUGAUCAAUGAUCAGGCAGCCGGCGGAGGUAACUUUGACUAUCACACUUUCCGGAUCGAUAGCAAAUCUGGUCAAGUGUUUCAGGCGGGCAGCCUAGACUGGGAACAGCACCGGGAGUACUUUCUCAGGAUUGUUGCGCAGGACGGUGGUAAUCCCGGCAUGCAAGCCACGGCUAGCCUCAGCAUCAGAGUCAUCGACAUCAAUGACAACUAUCCAGUAUUCGACAGGCCCUCGUACGCCGUGAGCGUGCACGAGAACGCUACGCUAGGCUCCACGCUUGUAACCGUGCACGCGACUGACCUGGACCAGAUUGAUCUGAGCGCGGACCCUGCCAACCAACGCUCCACCAUCCUGAACGGUUACGUGACGUACGGCAUUAUCAGCACUGAUCUAGACGGACAUUUUGGAAUGUGUAACACGAGCGGCGAGAUUACCCUGCUCCGGAAGCUGGACGUCGAGACGCGCUCAGGAUAUGAAAUUGUUGUUCGCGCCACCGACGGUGGAGGUCUGUACACUGAUGUCAGACUUUACAUGACCGUCCUGGACAACAACGACAACCGACCGAUGUUUGGGCAGUCGAGCUACAGAGCCAACGUGAGUGAGGAUGCGCCAAUAGGCACGCCCAUUGUUCACGUGAUGGCCAUGGAUAUUGACGUGCAUUUUCCUCAUCGCGAUGUCAAGUAUGCAAUCGUUGGUGGCAAUCCAGGCUCGGUCUUCUCUGUCAACGUCACCUCCGGGUGGAUCACGACCAGUAGCUCCUUGGACCGCGAGCUCAUGACUCGUUACGACCUCAUCGUCGAGGCAUUUGAUCAGGGAAUUCCCCGCCAGGUGCAGAACGUCACGGUCAGUGUCGAUCUGCUGGACGUCAAUGAGUUUGCGCCUGUGUUUGUAGGUGUACCGUAUACUGUGUCUAUCCCUGAGUCCAGUGGAGUCGGUUUCCAGGUUCUGCGGGUAAACACGACUGACCGCGACUUUGCCAAAAACGCCACCGCCUCCUACUCAAUCCAGCCCGGCAACGCGCUCGGUCACUUCCGCAUUGGUCCGCUGACCGGCGCCGUAGCGGUCAACCAAAGUCUGGACUUUGAGACGGUCAAGUCUUACAACCUGACAGUUCUGGCCCAAGACAUAGCACCACCGGGAUAUCGUCUCAACGCCAGCACGCUGGUCAGCAUACACCUGCUGGAUGUAAACGACAACGCGCCCGUGUUCGCGAACGCCUCGUACACCAUCUCGGUCAUCGAGACAUGGCCAAUCAACUCGGCCAUGUUCGUGGUGACAGCCACGGACGCCGACUCUACGUCAAAUGGCAAUGUACUCUCCUACCAGCCGAUCUUUUCCGGGUCUGACGAUGCGGCCAGCAAGUUUUCCGUGAAUACCACCACCGGGGCGGUGUUCUUGAUAGGCAAUCUGGAUCGGGAGCGCUACUCGCGCUACGUCUUUACUGUGCGAGCCACGGACGGGGGUGGCAAAUCAGCGGACACACUGGCCAUCGUAACAGUGCUGGACUACAACGACAAUUCACCCGUGUUUCCCAGCGCCGAUGUCAACGCGUCGGUGCUGGAGGAUGCGAGUGUUGCCACGCCUGUUGUAACCGUGCUGGCUUCUGACGCCGACGCCGGGGCCAACGCGAACCUAACCAAUGCGCUCGUCAGUCCGCAGAACUUGACCGAGUGUCUGCAACUGUGUGCGGUGAAGGCGGUGCAGUGCCACAUGCAGUUCAGCAUCGUAGCACGGCAGAGCGCAUCGCAUUUCUCGGUCGAUCCGCUUACGGCAAUCGUCGGGAGCACUGCUUUACUGGACCGCGAGUCGGUGCCAGUCUACGUUCUUGUAGUCGUGGCAACGGACAGCAGUGCCGACGGUCCGCGACGUAACGGAACCACUUGCCUGUCCAUCACACUUGGUGAUGUGAACGACGAGACGCCAGCGUUCGGUCAAGCAAACUACGGAGGGGAAAUGCCUGAGAACCUUGCGGCAGGGCAGUCGAUAUUGACGGUGACAGCCACGGACAAUGAUGUCGGGCUGAACUCAGAGCUCGUGUACUCACUGAGCACCACGGGAGCGGGAGCUCUUUUUAGUGUUGACCCGGACAGCGGCACAAUCUCCUCUGCCGCCGUCUUCGAUCGAGAGACAUCGGACCUGUGGCAAUUCACGGUCACUGCCACUGACAAAGGCGUUCCACCGCGAGCUUUUACGGUGCCAGUAGCAGUCAACAUCACUGAUGCAAACGACAACCAUCCGCAGUUUGUGCUCGGUUCCAGUACCACCACGCAGUACAACGUGACGCUGCCAGAAGACGUUGCAGUCGGGUCCGACAUCCUCCAGUUGAUGACAACCGACGGGGACAUUGGGUUGAACGCCCAGGCCCGGUAUGCGCUGAACAGCAGCUCCAGUUCGCUAUUCAAUGUCACAGGUAAUGGAAGCGUUCUCGUUUCUGGCGCCCUGGACCGUGAGAGGCAGCAACACUACAGCUUUGUUGUUGUUGCAAACGACUUGGGCACGCCGCGGCUCUCGUCGACCGCAAUCGUGACCGUCACCAUCACGGACGUCAAUGACAACCCUCCGGCGUUCAGCAACGCAACACACGUGGUGCAUGUCCGCGAGGACGCACCGCUCGGCCUCGCCCUGCUGCGCUUCAUGGUGACCGACGCCGACGUGGGAUCCAACAGGAUUUUCCACUUCUCCUUCGCGUUCGGUGUCAGCUUGUCGUCGCCGUUCAGCAUUGCGGCGGACAAUGGUACAAUCUACCUUACCAGUAUGCUCAAUGCCGAGAUACAGCACAUGUAUGUCGUGAACGUCACGGCAACCGACGACGCAGCGAAACCGGAGGAUCGCCUGUCCACGGUCACCCAGCUCACGAUCAUGGUGGUUGACGUAAAUGAUGUGAAUCCGGUCUUUACGUCCCCGCUGUUUCAGUUUUCCGUCAAGGAAGGCGGCCUGGGCAAUCGGUCCGUGUUCCGAAUCACGGCCACCGACGGCGAUAUCACGUCACCAAACAAUCAGGUCAGGUUGAGUAUUGACGCGUCGGGCGUCUCUCCGUUCAUCAUCAACUCCACGUCGGGACUCGUCUCGCUCUCUCGGGCCCUUGACCGAGAGACGCAGGCCGUGUUCGACUUCGUGGUGGUAGCAACGGACGGAGGCAGUCCCAGUCUCCGGGGCCGUGCGAACGUGACGGUAUACGUUCUGGAUCAGAAUGAUCACUACCCGAUCUUCAGGCAACCGGAGUAUGGGUUCUCAGUUGGCGAGAACCUGCCAGCGGGGUCUGCAGUCGGGCAAGUGGAGGCUACUGAUCUGGAUUUGAACAACGUCACGUUCAGCCUGCACAACGACAGCAGUACGGACGGCUUUGCCAUCAACAAGCACACUGGCAACAUCACCACACUGCGCCCGCUGGAUCGUGAAGUCAGCGGUCGUCACGAGCUGCACAUCGUGGCCGAGGAUGGUCUGCCGUUGAGAUCACCGCUCUCGUCAGCAGUCGUCGUCGUGACAAUCCUGGACGAGAACGACGAACGGCCAAGCUUUGUCAGACCCGAGUUCUACAAUCAAACUAUCCCUGAAAGCCUGCCCAUCGGAUCUGAUGUGUUUAGGGUGGAGGCCGUCGAUAAGGACGACGGAAGCAAUGCUGUGCUCAGCUACGCCCUGAUUCCAAGCAAUGACUCCGCUGCGUUUGAAAUCAACACGACAGCCGGCCAGAUCUCACUGUGGGUGCGGGUGGACUAUGAGACACAGGCUGAAUACCAUCUCGAGGUCAUCGUGCGUGACGCUGGAUCGCUGUCGCUGUCACAGACUGCGUCCGUCAACAUCACAAUCGCCGAUGUCAACGACAACACGCCGCGAUUUGACUCGCCAAGCGGCUACACAGCCGUGAUCGAUGAGAACACGCUAAGUGGAUGGUCGUUGCAAAUCCUGGCAUCGGAUGCCGAUAGUACGCACAAUGCCCGGCUCGAGUACACCCUCGCGGCCGGAAACACCGGCGGCGACUUCCACAUAGACAACACGACGGGUUUUGUCACCGUACGGAAUGCACUGGACUACGAGAGAACGCAGCGCUACAACGUGACCGUGCUGGUGGAAGACAUGGGAGCAGUGACGCGCAGUGCAACGGCAUUCCUAGUCGUCACCGUCGUCGACUUGAACGACAAUUCGCCCGUAUUUGCUGCAUCUCAAAUCAAUGUCACCGUUCCGGAGACCACGCCGCUCUACGCAACGAUAACGAAUAUCCGUGCUACGGAUGCCGACUCGACAACCAAUGCCCGGUUGCGGUUCUACCUUUCCGCUGGAAACUCUAAAGGGCAUUUCUCCAUCAACGAGCAGACAGGUACGUUGUCACUGGCAUCCUUGCUGGAUAGAGAGCGGCAGGCCGUCUACGAACUUACGGUCACUGCCGAGGACUCUGGUGUCCCAUCCAACACUGCCAGUCAAGUCGUGAGAGUAUCGGUCGCCGACGUCAAUGACGAACGGCCAGUCAUCAGCCAAGGAGUGGCCGGUCUGCGGGUGACACUGCUCAGCAAUGCCACGGCGAGUUCGGUCGUCUCGACCGUCACAGCGCAGGACUUGGACACCGGUGUAAAUGCACAGCUGCAGUUUUCUAUACUGACUGGCAAUGCAUGGGCACUGUUCACCAUCGACCCACGGUCCGGGGUGGUAAGUACUACACGCGCUCUGACUGACAUGGAUCGCCUCUUCCAGCUCAGCAUUGGUGUGCAAGAUGGGGGUGUGCCAACGCAAUCUGACCGAGCCGUGUUGACUGUGACCGUUCACCACCCAAACACCAAUCGGCCACGGUUCGUCACUGCAACGCAGUCCGUGUCGGUGUACGCGUCCACCAUCGUAGGUGCACAAGUGGCGUUUGCGGCCGCGGAGGACAGUGACUUUCCAGCUGGUGCCUCGCCAGGCUUGGCGUACAGCCUCGACCCGACGCUCUCUAACAGCACUGUGCCAUCGUUGUUGUCCGCAGACUCGCGUACCGGCGCACUGUCCGUAAGCGCAUUGUUAGUCAACGUUGCCGACACAAUACUCACUGCUGGAGUCUGCGCGUCCGAUGGGGAGCUCAGCACCUGUCAACUCGUCCACUUAAGCAUAGUGUCUAGUCAAUCACUCGCGUUCGAUCUGCCCUCGUAUACGUUCUCGGUGGACGAGGAUGCAGUCCCAACCGGUGCCGUCGGGACAGUGCGGAUGCCGUCCGCUGCAGGCUACUCUGUACAGCAUGGAAAUGACAAGCAGUUGUUCGCGAUUUCCUCGUCAGGCGAUAUCAUGCUUGGCGGUAGCUUGGACUACGAAGCACAGCAGGUUCAUAUCCUGAUUGUUGCUGCUCUGGACUCCAACCAAGGCGAACUGGCGAGUGUGGCUGUCCGAGUUCAGGUGUGCGACGUCAAUGAGUUUGCACCAACGUUCCCCGCCAGCCAGUAUCGGGUAUCAGUCUCGGAACUGUCGUUCCCAGGCCGGUCAGUGUUGACACUGGAAAGUCACGACGGGGAUCUCUCUGCAACGGAAUCGUCAGUGGCGUACAGCCUUGUGUCCGGAAACCACCUCAACUGGUUCACCAUCGAUCAGCGUAGCGGCAAGCUGUCCACGUAUACUCUUGUUGACCAUGAAAUGGCAAGCAAUGUUGUGCUGAAUGUUUCAGCCACAAACUAUGCGAGCAGCAAGCCCUUGAUGACGUUCACAACUGUAGACAUUGCCAUUGCCGAUACCAAUGACAACUCACCGUCGUUCCCGUCCGCCAGGUAUCACGCGUCCGUGCACGAAGACGUUCCGAUUGGCCACCGCGUACUGAUGACCAACAACACUGACCCGGACAGUGGCUACAACGGUAUGAUAUUCUAUGCUGUGAAGCACACCAGCGCUCCAGGCUUGUUCGCUGUUAAUACGUCCACCGGUGUCAUUACAACCACUGCCGAUCUUAACGCGUCUUCCGUCAGUUCCGUCGUACUGACAGUCGUAGCCGGAGACUACGGAACUCCAGCCUCGCAGAUAGCAUCCGCUGCCGUCUACAUCACUAUCGUGCCGGUUAACCGUAAUGCGCCGGAGUUUUCGCAGUCGCUGUUCACCGUUGAUGUAAGCGAGACCAUCGCCACCCCGGCGGUGUUGGGAGUGUUCGCGGCCACCGACACUGACGGCAGUGACGCCCUGAUACGCUACGCGUUAGCCGCACCGGCGCACGUUCUCUCCAGCCUUACCGUGGACGAACUGUCCGGUGCGUUGAUCCUCACCCAGCAGCUAAGCUACAGUGAUGUACAAUCUGUUAAUGUUAGUAUCACGGCCACUGACCGCGGCAGUCCCAGACUCCACUCCACCGCAGUGAUCACCCUGCGCAUUGCCGACGAGAACGACCACAACCCGGUGUUCGAAAAGACCAACUACACGUUCUUCGUGCCCGAACUCGCCGCGGUUGGCAGUGUCGUGACACGCCUGGUGGCCCGUGACCCGGACGCAGCAUACCUGAGCUACGCCAUCUCGCGCAACGCACUGGCACCGAACGGCCAGGACUUAUUCCUGGUAAACGCCACCAGUGGCGAGCUAAUCCUGCAGGAGUCGCUGGACCAUGAGAUUGCCACAAGCUAUGAUAUCGAGGUGUUCGCGCUGGAUCAUGGGUAUGUUCAUCGGCGAUCCACUCGCCAGCGCAUCCGCAUUGAGGUGGUGGACGAAAACGACAAUUAUCCCUGGUUCAUUGCCGUACCGGAAACACUCAACAUGAGUCGCUACCUGCCCGCUGGCUAUGUGGUUGCCAUGGUGAACGCCUCUGACGCUGAUGAAUUCUAUGGCAAUGUAAUGUAUAGCAUUUCGGCCGGCAAUGAUGAUGGGUUGUUGAGUAUCGACGCCGUAACGGGACAUGUAUCUGUCACUGCACAACCAGGACUGGAUGCCAACACCCGCUACAACGUCACGUUUGCCGCGUCUGACGGACAGCUGGUCACGUACGCACUUGUUGACGUCAAUUUCGACUUCAGCGGGAACUUCUGCUUGCCCCACCUCUGCUACCUGACACAGCCGGCCGCAGACUGUUCGCAGUACGACAAUGCGACUUCAGACAAUAUGACUACAUCAUCGCCAGGACAGUGCGGAGCAUGUUCUGCCGGGUGGCUGCCGAUUCUCAGCGGCAAGGCAUGCGCGUAUCUCUACUGCUCUUCGUCGUCAACCCACUGGGUGUGUGCUGCGGUUAACUCCACCAACAGUACGUGCAUGCCGCUCGAGCAGCCGUGCGAACAGACGCGCUGUCACACGACGCACUCGCUGUGCCAGCCCACCGCGCGCUGUCUGCCCCUGGACACGCACACGACGUGUGACAACUCGUCGUCCGCAACGACGUGUCUCGUCGACCAGGCUCUCGUCGAAGCGGACGGCGGCGUGCGUACGUGCAGGAAUGCCGCAGUCCUGAUGUCGUCGGUCGGCCAAUCGUGCACCGCCGCCAGCAUGGUAUUCUGCUCCCUGCGUGACCGCUGUUUCAACGUCAACGUGCCCGAUCCGUGCGUGCAAUGCCGCGCUCCGCUGCUGGAGUGCCCCAAGACCGGGGUUUGUACGCUGGACAUGGGUGAAUGCUGUGACAGCACUGCACUGGUGUACUGCAACUACACACGCUCGUGCAUCAACGCGUCCGUGCCGUGCGUGCUGAUGACGACCGAGCCGCCGUUCGUCACACCGACACCAAACUCAUCGCCCGUCCUCAACACAGACCUGCUGUAUGUCGGGGAAGUGCGCAGGGAUGAUUACGCAGACCUGAUUUCGCAGCUGUUGCUAAACGAAGGUGUCUGGGUGUCCGAGGUACUUGCCAACGGCUUCAAUGGCCAACCGUUUGCCAACGACAGCGAUUCAGAUAUUCUUGGCCUAGCAGUGGUAGGGACAGGUGCUGACAAUGAGACUGGCUGGCAGUACGCCGAGUGUGUUUCCUCUCCGCUAGAGCCAUCCGACUGCCGUCCGUCGGCAUGGAUGGACAUACCACAGCACGUAUCCACACGACAUUCACUGCUGCUCGGUCCCAUGACUCGCAUACGACCCGUAGCCAGUACCGCCGCUAUCGGUGCCGUCUGGUUCAAGGCGUACGCGUACGACGGCAGCAUGGCUGGGCUGCAGCAUCCAGUAGGCAAUGGCAGUUUGGCGAGCACAGGUCAAGUCGUAACCGUGGAUCCACUAAGUACGGGUGGCGCCAGUGCUUUCAGUGCUGGCACUGCAUUCAUCAUCGCCAUCAUUCAACCGGCCAUUGAGUUCCCGUCCUUGUUCAACUCCUCGCUGACAUUGGUUGAUCUCGUAGAGGAUACACCUGCCUACCUGAAUGACGGAACGCCAAUGGCAACACUCCUUACCGGUCCCAUCCUGAAGCGCUGGACACAGCGCGGGAACGACUCCCACAUCCCGUACCUGCCCGUCGGUGUUGAUCAGCUGUUGGUCAGUGCCGGGAACCUCUCUGACUACUUUGAUCAGGUGCAGCAUGUCAACCCGAUCAUUGCCAGUCGUUUGCUGUCCACACAGGACGGCUAUCAACCAGGCCUAGUUGUCACCUUUCAGUUACCGGAUGAAAGCGGUCGUUGGCAGAUUUCCCCGCACGGUACGCUCUCCACGUGGUACUACAUUGACCGGGCGCUUCCCGGCACCACGGGUAACGUAAGCGUGUUCGUCGAUCAACGUGCACGGCUCCGGUUCUUACCGCGGGCUAACUUUUACGGUCGCCCCGAUCCCGUCACCGUGCUCGCAUGGGAUGGUGUCACGACUGCAGCCGAGGGCGCUGUGCCCAUUCGAGCAGCCGCCCAACGCUCACUCAUCUCGGUGGUUGCGUCAACGAGCGUCUCGUCUGCCGCUCGGGCGGUCCAGUUAGCGGUGCUGAACAGCGAGGACAGGGCAACAAGAACACAGCCAACUGCCGGUUUGAAGCCAAUUCCGUACCGCAUUCGUUACGAGUAUGACCAUGUCUUCACUGCAGUCGUGGAGCGCUCAGCGAGCGACUUACGUCAAAGCAUCGAUAGUUUCAAGCAGCACAUGUUCGUAGCGCUAUUGCACAGCAUCAGUGUCCUGCGCAUCGAACCCGUCAACACAACACGCUCCGAGAUCCUCUUCAGCGUCGCGGGCAAUGCCCUCACACUGCCGCAGGUUCAGAUGCUUGUAACAACCAGGAAGUCCGUGCUAGCAUCGCUGGGAUACCACGUUGAUGUCAUCCGCGAUGAUGCAUACUUUGGAAAGGGGGCUGGUUGUCAACCCUCCAGUGCCGGCGGCAGCAGCAGCAGCAGUGAUUUCAACUACGGUACUCUGGUCGGCGAUCUAGCCGAGCAAGCAGCAAGUGACUUGGACGGCACGCCGAUCGGAAUUGCAAUCACGGGUACGCAGAGCCAGCAGCAUGGCACCUGGCAGUAUCUCUUGCAGGACGACGUCGUGUUCAACAGCAUCACCGUCGGUGACGUGCGAGCAGUGGCUUCCAAUACGCAGAAGCUGCUCGAGCACGCUCGCUCGCUGAACGUUUCCCGGACGUCCCGAUGGCUGACCUUCCCGACGUCGCUUUCUGAACAGCGUGCGCAUCUGCUACGGCCGUACGAUCGAGUGCGCUUCAGUCCAAACCCUGAUUACUACUGGGUCACUGGUCCGACUAAUGGGCCUUCUCUGCGUGUCAAGUUCUGGGACGUAGUCCUCGGAGGCAAGUCAGGUCAGAUGAACGUGAACACAGACUGCUACACCACCCUGACAAACGCAAGCGACGCACCACCGUGUCAAGCAUUCAGCACGGGCACGGUCAGCAUUCUCGCAACGCGGCUAGGCUGCGAUGGAGUGGCCGGAUCGGCUAACGUGCAUGGCAGCUGUUGUGUGUGCGCCGGAACCGGGUCGAGCUGCAUUGGCUGCGAUGGAGUGUCGGCUUCUAACAAGGUUCGGGAUUCUUGCGAUUCGUGCGGUGGCGAUGGCUCCUCAUGCCUGGCCUGUGACUCAGUGCCGUUCAGCGGACAUGGCAGUGAUGACUGUGGUGUAUGCCGCGGACGGAACACAAGCCGUGACUGCCACGGCACAUGCUUUGGCUCGGCCGUGAUUGACGACUGCGGGCAGUGCGUGGAGGGAGGCACAUCACGACAGUACAACACUGUCAGGGACUGUGCUGGAGUGUGUCACGGGAAUGCCAGCAUUGACGACUGCGGUGACUGCACUGGCGGGACGGCACUCUUCCCGAGGAACUAUCGCCUGGACUGCACGGGUGUGUGUGGCGGGUCGUUUAAGCAGGACGCGCACUGCGGCGUGUGCCGCAACGUCAGCACGCCCGGAGUGCCGCUGGAGUAUCGCGACUGCGAGGGAACGUGCUUCGGCGCGGCACUCCGGGACGCGUGCGGCGUGUGCUACAACAGCACGGCGCACGCCAACACCACCCUGGACGACUGCGGUGUGUGCGGUGGAAGCAGCACGACAUGCAACGGUUGCGACGGCCAGCCGGCCAGCGGCAAGGUGCGUGAUCGCUGCGGCCACUGCAACGGUCACAACUGCGGCUGCCUGAGGAUUUACGAUCUUCAGCCGCGGAGCGGACCGGCGUCGGGCGGCACCCGCAUUUCUGUGCAGGGCGCUGGGUUCUUUGUAAACAGCUCCGGGUCGUCCGCGUUCGACGCCAGCGGGAACUUCAUCCCGUCGUGCGGUGGCGUCGUGGAGACUAACUCGCAGGUGACGGUCAACCCGCGCUGCUUGUUCACGGGCAGCACCGGCACACAAUUGAGUCCCAGGGCGUACAUGCAAGACCAGAGCUCCAUGAGCUGCAUCGCACCACUGUCAUUGGCAUCUGGUUCGUUCAAGCUCAGCGUGCGGCCCGAUGACCGCUACAACGACCUGGAAGACAUUGACGCGAGGUUCGUGUUCCUCGACACCGCCAACAUGGCCGUGGAUGCCAUUGAGCCCGACAGGUCGCUCACCGAAUCAUCGCCUCGAGUCACAGUGACCGGAAAGAACUUUGUGCCCAGUGCCGACGUGCGCUGUCUGCUGGGAAACGUAACACGAUGCGGAGCGCUGGCCGGCAAGCAGCUUGACGUUGACGGCUAUUACAGCAUAGUGCCAACGUCCAUGAACGUAACGCACGUUACCUGUCAGCUGCCAGAGGUGGCGCAGUCGUGCCGUGUAGAGAUGUACAUUAGUAUUGAUGGGCAGCAUUCGGGCAUACUGCGUACAUCGGUUGGUAUGCCAGCAUUGUUCACCUACGAGCGGAGUGCCCCGGCGAUGCAGACCGCGCAGUUCUCCAACGGCCUGACCACACUGAGAGUGCGCUGGGACCGAGCCAUCACCCUGGACUCUGGCGACUUGACCAACUGUGCGCAGGUCUUCAAGGACGCAGCGGCACUGCUCGGCGGCGGCUUGGCACGCUGCGCCUGGGAGUCUGACAGCCAACAGGCAGUGGUGGUCACGCUCAGCAGUGCAGGCAGUGUGUCGCUUGCGUCGCGCCUGCACACCGUAGAUAACAGCAUCCGUGCUCGUUCCCAAGCCCACCCUCGGGCCUCUGUGGGGGAUCAGAUAGUUGUGACCGCUCCCUUCCGCGAGGCGCCCAGUGCGACCGCAUCAAUCGUCGGCCCUGCGGAAGUCCCCCGCUGUGGAUCCAUUGUCGUGCGGGGCUACGCGACUGGCUCGGUUGGGUACAGGUCUGUGCUGUACCAGUGGAGCGUGGCGACGGAGGAUGCCGAAACGCCUGGCUUCUCAGCUCUGCAGCAGAUGGCCAGCACGCAAUCGCCGUUGAGCAGCACUCUGUCUCUAAAUGCCAGCUUCUUUCAGCCCGACGUCCGGUACUAUGUGCACUUGACUGUUGUCAACGCUCUCGGCAUGCCGUCCAGUCCGGCUCGACAUCCCGUCCUGAAACCAAAUGUGAGCAGCAGCGACGUUGAUGUGAGCAUCACUGGCCCGCCCGAACUGUCCCUGACAGCUGCGGUGGACUCUGUUGUGCUGGGCACGCAACUGUGGCAUUCGGUGUGUACAGUUGUGACAAAGUCGAACACGCUGUGGCAGCUAUGGAGACUUUCUGGCAAUAAUUUGGUACCCGACACGCUAGUGUCGUCAUCUUCUCAGCCAUCGAGCACAUUCCUGCUAAGCGCUUCAUCAAUCGGCACUGGACAAUUCUCGGCGGUGGCAAUUUCCACUGUAUGGUAUAACACAAAAACUGGUAGUGUUUCUGUGAACACUGUAGCGACCAAGGCAGUGUCGGUGCGUCAAUCUGACCUGGCUGUUGUGAUCCAGGGCGGUGAUCGGGACGUGUCCUCGCAAGAGGACAUUUCGCUCUCGGCCGUUCUGCUUGCGCAACGAGAAGGCGAGCAGUUCACCUCACCCCAGUACCGGUGGCAGUGUGUCGACGAACAGGGCAUCACGUGUGAGUUGAGUCGCAGCGUCAAUGCGCCGCUACCUCUGUCAGCAAGUGCACAUCUGUCUAUACCAGCGGGCAAACUGUCGCCGAAUAAAUUAUACAAGUUCAGCGUCACGGUCCGCACCGGAGACCGUAGCAGCGCGAGCGCCACGUCCCUAAUCAAGACUCACGCCACACAGCCGGGCACGCAUAUUCGAGUACUAUCUAGCCAGGUGCCUGUGGUGUAUGCUGGACAGAAGGUAGCGCUGCGAGCGUGGAUUACUACGUCCAGCCAGUUGCCGCUGAACGUCACUUGGACAUCAAUCGGCGGAGCGGGUUUGACCGUAUUCAACCUGUCCGACAGCCGCGCAACCUUGAUGUCACCAAGUCACCGCCAACAGCAGUUCACCAGCAACAGCUCAGUGACCUCGCUGACACACUCGCUCUCCAUUGCUCCGCAGAUGGAAGCGGAAGUGGUGCUGAUUGUCGCUCCGACCGUGAUGUCCAGCAACAGAAGGUACUCCGUCAAUAUCAGCAUCUCCGACGGCAGCGCCGCUACAUUGUCAUCAAAUAUCCAGUUCCGAGUCUUGCCCCCAGCUACCGGCGGAACUCUCACCGCCUCUCCCUCAUCGGGUAACGAGGAGACCGUGUUCGUGUUGCAAGCGGCCAACUGGCAAGACGAGGUACAUGGCAGUGACCUGGAGUAUCGCUUUGGGGUUGAGCUGCAAACGGGUAGCCGCAAUUGGUUGACAGGCUGGAUGGUUAGGCGAGAAGUGAGCACCCGGCUACCACAUGGAAACUAUCCGGUUAGUUUAGAGAUCCGCAGCAGGGCCAGCACCGCCGCAACGGCGUCUGCAUCAUUCCCGGUCGCCGUUUCCAGAACGGCAACCGCAACUGAUGUCCUGACGAAUGCUGCGUACAGCCGCGCUAUGCAGGACUUUACGGAGCGCCGUGAUUGGUCCAGUGCCCUGCGAGAACUCACCGUCAUGUCGCUAGAGGCAACAGGGCGUGCAGGUAGCCUGACAGAGCAAGUCACCAACGACGGCGCACAGCUGCUUUCUAACAUUGUGCCCUCUCUUCCCACACACUUGUCAGCACUGCAGCAGGCACAGCGUACUGCGGUUACAUUCACAGGAGCAACGAGCAUCUUGAGUGAGGGGACGACUGACUUCUUGCUGCGUUCCAUCGACACCCUUCUAACGGCUGCAGUCCCGCUCAAGGCAGGCUUAGUGGAGUUACCCCACACCACAAGCGUGCUGGUACCCACCAACCCGUCUCUGAUGCUCAAAUCCGAGCCAAUUCUCUCGAAUGAUGACAGCACCUCAGUUUUGAGGAGCCUGUCACAGAUAGUGGAGCGGGCGCCACGCAGCCGGCAGUCACAGUCAAUCGACCUUCUUCGGAAGGCAACCCAGCAGGUCGCUUCAGCGAUGUGUACAGAGUUGGCGCUCGAUGAACAAGCGGAGAUGAUCAACGUCCCUGGCGCCAAAGUAACUGCUGAAGUCACCAUCCCGCGUGGCAAGUUCUGCACGGAUUCCAGCUGCGUCGACUUCGGUGCCCAGCUCAGCUCGGUGCUAGCCAACUGGGGCUGUGGCCGUACGGACGGCAGCGCAUGCCAGGGAGCGUGCGUUGUUCGUGCAGAGUACAGCCAGCAAGCGAGCAGCACGGCUCUCGACCCGGCGGCUCGGUCCAUGCUGGACCAGCAGUUUCCCGGCCGAGACCUGUCGACGGUGUCAGUGCUCAGCGAGCGCCAGCUGAGCGUGUCCGUUGUGCACCCCAUCAGUGGACACGCGUUCCGCGUGCAGAACCAAUCGCAGCCGAUCCAAGUGCGACUGCCUCUACCCAACGGUGGUGCACUUGAGCCGGGGACCAAUUUCACCUGUGCGUAUCGUGCACUGCAGGACUCGCAAUGGUCGAUUGGCGGCAGUGUGCAGCUGCCGGAGAUUGUGCAGGACGGCGCUCAGGCGUUUGCUGUUUGCCAGCACAACCACCUGACGCAGUUCGCAGUGAUCCGCAUCCCGGUGCCGCUGCCGACCACUCCGUCGCCCCCGACGACGCCGACGCCAUCCACCGUCCCCACGACAACGGUGACCACGGCAGCAGCCACGACGCUGGCCACCACUGCCGAGCCCACGAGCAGUGCCAGCCAACCACCUACCGGUCCGACGCCUGGAGAAGUUACGUCAACGGAUGAUACCGGGACGAUAGUCGGCGCCGUCAUCGGGGCAAUCAUUUGCAUACUGCUCAUCCUCGCGCUGCUGUAUUUCCUACACAGCAAGAAAAAGUGGAAGUCACGGGUCACCGGCGACUCUGCUGCGCUCCCCAUCAACAACGAGAAGAGCGUCGAACACGUUGUCCUGACCGAGGUGCGCAACCGUCCCAAGACGGCGGCCUUCCAGUCGGAGAGUGGCGCGGAGAUGAGCGUGAUCAUGCUGGACGAGCACAGUGUACGGCAUAAGAUUGGCAUUAUCAGUGCACUGCCGACGACGCGCCUGCGCAAGCUGCGCAUCGAUCUUAACGACAGCUUCCAGUGCGUGCCCAGCACGUUCUACUUCCUGACGCGCGACUUAACCGACAUCGAGCCCGGCCUGGAGCAGAGCAAGUUCGUCAGCACCGUCUACGAGGAUACCGUGUUCAUCAGGAAGAUGGUGCCGGAGAUGCUGAACAAGGAAGGCCAGCAGGGGCUGAUGCGUCACUUCUGCACCUGCGGCAAGGUGGCUCAGUUCGAGUGCACCACGUGCGGCGCGCGCGGCUACUGCAGCCCCGGCUGUCAGCGAACGGCGUCACGAUCUCGCAUAGAUUCCAACAACACGGUGUUUACAAACACUAGCGUAGCCGAGACCAGCUUUGACCCGAGUGCAAUACCGGACGGACAAGCAGCAGCUGUAGUAGUGGGCAAUGACAGCAGUAUAGCGACCAUGCAGAAUGUGCCGGCGAGCUACGUCGGCCCCGCGGCAACAUCUCCCCCGGCGACUGCUCAGGCGGGCAGGAAGCCGCUGACGUCGCGAACGUCGUCACACACUCCCCUGGCGCCGGUCAAGUCACCGCCGACCCUGUUGCCGGGGUCAAUGCCGCUGGUGCCACUGAACGAGACUCGCAGCGUCGGCGCUGUUUCCCACUCGGGCAGCGGCCCGACGACCCAGCGGUGUACGUCGGUGAGUUCGCCCACGACACCACCGACCACUCCACCAGCAACGCACCAGGCAAAGGCGCCAGGGCCACCUGUGCGGCACGACACCAUCACCUCCAUUGUAUCGCUUGGCAGCCCGGCGGAGGAGUCGGAACGGGCACCCGCCACCGAGGGCAGCAUGCGGUCCAGGUCCAAGCAAGAAGCAUUCCCACCGAACACCACCUCCGUGUCCAGCACACAGGAGCCACAGCCCGAAGAACCAGCCACAGCUGGGGCCCCUACCACUCCUGCACAAGAAAAGCUACAAAGACGGAAGCACCCGGGGGUUGGGCGAGAAAUCAGCAAGCACCUGUCGGUGAAAUCCUUCAUGAGCAAUGACAUGGCUGCCGCUGAUGAUGUCACCGUUCAAAGUGAAGGCUUACGCGCGGCUGGCGAAAUGCUGGAGGAUCUGAAAGAAGUCAGUGACGACGGUGGUGAAGACAACGCCGAUGUGACAAAGUCCGACGACUAUGUGUAAGACACGCAGCCCACGGGGCAGUCAUAUCGGAACACAUUUUAAAGUGGGACUUUUUGUACCGGUUGAGACCCAUUGCUCUGCAUCAGUGACAGUAAACCGUUGACAACGUAUUCGUGUGGCCCGGUGGUUCUAGAACCGCUGGCCAAUAUAAUUGUAUACUUCGAAACAUACGGAGACAGUUGAUUUUGACCACGUUGUCCACAUGAACGUGAGUGACUAAGGUGUGCAGGGGGUUGCAGAUGGCCCCGCUGGACACCACAGCUACUGUAGGGAAAGCUCCUUUCUAGAUCUCAUAUCUCCGACAGAUCCUGCCUUUACCAUGCAUGUCACGACAUAAAACAUACAUUCCGCACAUAAGCACAUGGUCCUAGCACACAAUGUAGUAGAUGGAAACACACACUGCGAGUGCACGUAGUCGACGAUGGGUGGUCCUAGACAGCCCUGAUGAAUUGAUAAUGAUCUUUCAUAUUCAGUAUUAUCCAUAAAACUUAGUUUAUCAACUUCUGCUUUUCUUCUCUUAUAGAUUGAUGGAUUUCUUAUCUGUCUGAUAUAUUAUAUAUAUUUUUUUCUUUGUUCAUAAAGGAGGUACUACAUGUAGUUCAUGCUUUGAAAUGCUCCAGCUAUGCAUACCAAGUCGGUGAAGUUUCGGUUUUCUCAA